AUGGCCCGCACGAAACAAACUGCUCGCAAGUCUACUGGUGGCAAGGCGCCCCGUAAACAACUCGCAACCAAGCAAGCUCGCAAGACGGCACCAAAGACGGUUGCGUCUGGUGUGAAGAAGCCCCAUCGUUUCAGGCCCGGAACGGUGGCUCUUCGUGAAAUCCGUCGCUACCAGAAGAGCACUGAGCUCUUGAUCCGCAAGCUGCCAUUCCAGCGUCUCGUCCGUGAGAUUGCUCAGGACUACAAGACGGACCUCCGCUUCCAAUCGUCGGCCGUGCUCGCGUUGCAAGAGGCGGCUGAAGCUUACUUGGUAUCGUUGUUCGAGGACACGAACCUUGCUGCGAUUCACGCCAAGCGUGUCACGAUCCAGCCGAAGGAUUUGCAGUUGGCUCGCCGCCUGCGUGGAGAGCGCGCUACUUAG